AUGUUCGACAUGCACUUGCUGGUCAACAAGCGCGGGCCGUUGGCCAAAAUAUGGCUCGCUGCCCACUGGGAGAAGAAGCUCACCAAAGCACAUAUAUUUGAGUGCAAUUUAGAGACUAGCGUUGAAAAGAUCAUCUCGCCAAAGUUUACAAUAGCUCUGCGAACCUCUGGACACUUGCUCCUAGGAGUGGUGCGUAUUUACCACAGGAAAGCAAAGUACCUCUUGGCAGACUGUAGUGAGGCUUUGACAAAAAUGAAGACAGCCUUUCGCCCUGGACUCGUUGACCUUCCAGAAGAGAACUUUGAGGCCGCUUAUCAGUCCAUUACGUUACCUGAAGAAUUUCAUGAUUUUGAGACACCACUACCUGAUUUAAAUGCCAUUGACGUUGCUGAACAUUUUACCUUGAAUCAGAGCAGAGCUGAAGACAUCACACUUACAGAGGAUUACGAAAGCAAUAUACUUCUCUGUGAUAGAAUCUUUGAUGAAGAACCAGAUGCACCAAGAACGCAGAGCCGCGCUGCCGGUGGCGUCUUAACGAGCAGUAACAGUCUCGUGGCCGACCACAACUCUGCGAGCGUGAGUGGAGACACGUCUGCACUGCGUGGAGAUACUCACCGCUUUGAGCACGACUGCUUUGGAGACGAGGGGGAUGCUGCAGAUAUGAUCGAAAUCCUGCUGAGGGAUGAGCAGAGCGGCGUAGAUAAAGACCUUCAUGACAUGGAGCAAGAACAUCCUUUGUCACAAGAUCUGCCGGAGAACAGUGCAGCCAUUGAGUCCAGCUGCGCAGACACCGCGGUGCAGGAAGUCGGUCGCCUGGCGAACGACACGAUACUUUUGUUGAGAGCAGAAGAAGGAUUUGUGCUUGAGCCAGUUGAUGACACAGCUGUUACCCAGAGGAAAAAAACAAAAAGAAAGAGGAAGUUGCUUGUGGAUGUAAACAAGGAGCUGAGCUGCAACACCAUCUACAACCAACUUAAGAGCUGCACAGACAUCCUCACCACAUUAGACCUGGCACCCCCAACGAAAAAAAUAAUGAUGUGGAAGGAAUCAGGAAGUGUGGAUAAACUCCUGUCCCACGCUGCACAGCCUGUGGUGCACGCGGAGCUGCAAAGGUUGUUUGCAAAAUGCUUCAAGAGCCCUGGAUUUAAGACGGGAAGAAAUGCAGUACAGAAGGAGUCUGGAAUGGAAGAAACAAGAAAAGAGCAAGAUACCACAGAGAUGCUGAUAGUGGAAGAACCCAGUUAUCUGCAGGAGCCAGCUGAUUCAGAGACUGAGAGAAAAUACAGAAAUGAUUUGUUUAUGUUGACAUCAGAGAAGAACAGAAACGAAACUCCUGAUGGCUGUGGUGAAACUAUAGAGGAUGGAGCGGCUUUCCCUGAGGGCUCCUCCCUGGGGAACAGUUCGCUGGGCCACGGAGCUGAGACGCAGCGAGCGGAGUUACCAAAUGAGCUCACGAGGGACGGCAAAGACAGUCAAGAAACAUGGUGGAGCAAAAGAACUCUUCAGUUAUUAAAAACUUUACAGCACCUGAAGCGAUCCGGUGCGUGCUCUUUCAGCUUGCGGGAGCUCUGUCGGAAAAACAGCCGGAGAGAAGCGGCGGCCAAGUUUUACAUCUUCCUCACGCUCAAGAAGCAGUCGGCCAUCGAGCUGAGGCAGAGCGCGCCCUUCGCCGACAUCACGGCCACCGUCGGCCCCAUGUUCGACACGCUGACAUCAUGCCUUAUUCAGAUAAGUUG